UUUAUAUAAGAAAAUCAUUACAAAAGUAAAAUUAAAAUUAAAAAAUCCAAAAAUUUUGAGAUUAACUUAGUGGAAAAAACGCACAAGAAUUAAUUAAAAAAAAAAAAAAAACGAAAAAAAAAAUUCAAAAUGCAAAAAUAUACCCCUCUUAAAGAUGGUGUCACAGAACACAUGACACCCCUAGACCCACCCGUAACAUCUACUAUAACAAAUGGUUAUUUAACGGAUAAUACUAUAGAUUCCGAUAUGGAUACAACAGAUAAAGCCUCAGCAAUAGCUGCUACAACAGCUGCUGCCAAACAUUAUACUAACAAAACCAAUAUGGCCAAAUUACAGUGGUGGAAUGCACCCACUACACGUAUCACUUUAGAUACAAAAACAGCAUCUUACAAUACCGAAGAAAGUGAGGCUCUUAAUCAGGCACCAACUCAGGAAGUUAGAGAAGAUAUUAGUGAUAAUGUUUUCUCUACAAAUGUGCUAACAAAUAAUCAAUUACAUGAUGAUCAUCAACAGCAACAUAAUCAUCAUCAACAUCAUCUUCAUCACAAUCACAAUGCGCAUCACCAUCAUCAUCAUUAUCGUCAGCAGCAUCAGCAUAGUGUUAGUGAGGGUGGUAAUUCACCAUUGUCGAAAAGUGCUAGCAGUUCACAACAUAAACUGCAUCAUUUGGCCGCAACUAGUAAUGAUCGUAUAUCAUCGAAUAAGUUACCAUUAACAAAUCAAUUUAGCAUUGAAGAAGAUCAUGAUCUAACUAAACAGGACUCUCAAUUAUUAUUAAAUGAUAAAAAACCAUGUUUUGGUUUAUUAAAUCCCAACGAAGAUGAUGAAAUGAAUAUAACCGGCUAUCGCCGGUCAAAUCUACGAACAUUUUUAUGUUGGCUUUGCAUAUGUUUGACUGGUGGCCUUUUACGUUUAAUAUUACAUUGGUGGCGUCAUUGGUAUUUAAUGGCCACCCAUGAAAUAUGUCCUCUAGAAGAUGCGGAAAAAGUUUUAGUCCAAGAAGACUAUAAGGGAAAACAUAAAAUCUAUUAUGUUAAACAAAUACAAACAUUAGAUUUUAAUACUUUAAGACAGGACCAAUUGAAACGGGCCAAACAAUUAAAGAAAAAAUCUUCGAAUAAUGAAAAUUUAGCAAAUGGUUGUAAUAGUAUAGAUGCUGUAGCUAAUAUUGAUGAAAAGAAUUUUCAUUUAUCGAUGCAUUUUGAAACGGGACAAUUUAAGUAUUGUUCCAGUGCCCGUAUAUUCAAUUGUAAACAAUUGCGUUAUGCCUGGAAUUCACAAACGCAAACUUUCGAUAAACUACAGGGUUUAGAUGUCGAUAUUUUAAAUACAUAUUUCCAUCAACAGAAAGGUUUAAAUGCCCAAGAACAGAUUGCAAGACGCUUGGUUUAUGGACCGAAUGAAAUAACAGUUCCUUAUAAAGAUGUUAAGACACUAUUGUUCUUAGAAGUACUUAAUCCAUUUUAUGUUUUUCAAAUAUUUUCGGUGGCAUUAUGGUUUGCCUAUGACUACUAUUACUAUGCCUGUGUUAUUGUACUGAUGUCAGUAUUUGGCAUAACCAUGUCAAUAGUUCAAACUAAAAAGAAUCAAGAUGCUUUGCGUGAAACGGUGCAUAAUACGGGAACAGCAUUGAUUGUUAACGAAAAGGGAGAUGUACAAGAAUUACCCACCCAAUGCCUGGUACCGGGCGAUAUAAUUGAAAUACCUUCUAGUGGUUGUACUAUGCAAUGUGAUGCUGUUUUAUUGGCGGGAAAUUGUAUUCUAGAUGAAUCUAUGUUGACGGGUGAAAGUGUACCUGUAACAAAAACUCCUCUGCCCAUGAAACGUGAUGUGAUAUUCGAUAAGAAAGAACAUGCACGCCACACACUCUUCUGCGGCACUAAAGUGAUACAAACACGUUUAAUAGGUUCGGAAAAGGUUUUGGCGAUUGUCAUUAAUACUGGUAAUAUAACUGCCAAAGGUGGUUUAAUACGUUCCAUAUUAUAUCCACCACCAGUUGAUUAUAAAUUUGAACAAGAUUCCUAUAAAUUUAUUGAAUUUUUGGGUCUUAUUGCCUUAAUCGGUUUCAUCUAUACGUUAGUGAGUAAGAUUUUACGUCAUGUGGAUCCUGUUAAGAUUGCCGUCGAAUCUUUGGAUUUGAUAACCAUUGUGGUGCCUCCUGCCUUGCCCGCUGCCAUGACUGUAGGUCGUUUUUAUGCCCAAAAACGUUUGGAACGUAAUAGUAUCUAUUGCAUAUCACCGCGUUCCAUUAAUGUGGCCGGCAGUAUUGACUGUUGCUGUUUUGAUAAGACCGGCACCUUAACCGAAGACGGUUUAGAUAUGUGGGGUGUGGUACCCAAAUCGGCAACAAAUCAAUUUCAAAUACCCAUUAAACAAAUUGAUCGUUUACCUUGUGAUAAUUUCCUCUUUGGUAUGGUAACCUGUCAUUCGAUUACCAUCAUGAAUGGUAAAAUGAUGGGUGAUCCUUUAGAUUUGAAAAUGUUCGAAUCUACUGGUUGGAUUUUAGAAGAUUCACAAAAUCAACCAGAAGGUCUAUUGCAAUCGACGGUGGUGAGACAACCCAAGAAAAAUCGUAAAAUCGAAGAAGUAACAGGCGAUGAGAGUGAUAGCGAAAAGAAUUUAAGUCAUAUUAGGGAGAGACAAUCAUCUGUUGAUGAUUUACUCUCUGAUGUGGGUUUACUCAAUGGUGAAUCGAAUAAUGAUCAUGGUGUGGUAAGAGAAUUUCCCUUUACCUCUAAUCUACAAAGAAUGUCGGUGAUAACGAGGCGUUUGUGUGAGAAGAAUUUUAAUGUUUACUGUAAGGGUUCGCCGGAGAUGUUGCAACAGUUGUGUGUGCCAAAAAGUUUACCCGAUAACUUUUCUCAACAAUUGGCCACUUAUGCUAAACAGGGUUAUCGUGUUAUAGCCAUGGCUUAUAAGCAGCUAAGUCCAAAAAUCAAUUUCACCAAAGUACAACGUUUGGCGCGUGAAAAUGUAGAAUGUGAUUUAGAAUUUUUGGGUUUUGUGGUCUUAGAGAAUCGUUUGAAACCCGAUACUACAGAAGUAAUAGGAGCCUUGACUAAAGCUGAAAUUAGAACCAUAAUGGUAACAGGAGAUAAUAUAUUGACAGCCUUAAGUGUGGCCAGAGAUUGUGGUAUUGUUAGCUCCACACAGCCAGUGGUAACGGUUAAUGUAAGACAAAAGCCAGAAGCUAAUGUGGAGGGUCAUGAACACACACAUACUCACGGUCAUGGACAUCAUCAUCAUCAUGGUCAUGAACAUCAUCAUGGUCAUGCUCACCAUCAUGGUCAUGGCCACGAGGAAUAUCAUAAUUAUGAAUUGUAUUAUACUUUAGAUUUGGGAAGUGCUUCGUGUGCCUCUACCUCAAUAACAAACGGUAAAACUAAUGGCACUUUAACCAAUUCCAAUACCAAUGAUACACUCUCAUAUGCCGGUGACAAUAACUAUCACAGACUCAACGGAGAUGUGGCUUCACUAUCUAGUGCUGCUUCCUUAACCAUGCCCAAUAGUAAAAGUUGUGGCAGUGUUGAAACUAUGGAUACAUGGACUCAUAAUGAUAUAGAAUUGGGCAUUUCCACACCCAUGGAUGGGGAACCGCCGCCACUAAUGUCUGCCAAUGAUGCUCAAUCUUUACAGGAUAAGAAAUGGCGUGACAACUAUCGUUUUGCCAUGGUAGGCAAAACGUGGCAAAUUGUCAAGGAUCAUUUCCCCGAUUUAUUGCAAAACUUUUUAACACGCGGCGUUAUUUACGCUCGCAUGUCGCCCGAACAGAAACAAGCACUCAUUGUGGAAUUACAAAAUCUAGACUACUGUGUGGCCAUGUGCGGUGAUGGUGCCAACGAUUGUGGUGCCUUAAAAGUGGCUCACACCGGUAUUAGCUUAAGUGAAACUGAAUCAUCGAUUGCCUCGCCGUUUACCUCACGUAAUCCCACCAUAGCGGCCGUACCCAAUGUCAUUAAGGAAGGUCGUGCUGCUCUUGUCACCUCAUUCGGUAUCUUCAAGUAUAUGGCAGCCUAUUCCAUGGUGCAAUUCAUAUCUGUCAUGAUUUUAUAUUCCAUCGAUUCGAAUUUGACUGAUAAACAAUAUUUAUAUAUAGAUUUGGGUUUAAUAUCGAUUUUUGCAUUUUUCUUUGGUAAAACGGAAUCGUUCCAGGGGCCACUAGUGAAACAGGUGCCUUUGUCUUCAUUAAUAUCACUAACGCCUUUAGCCUCGAUUGUUUUGCAUUUGCUGGUGGUUAUAGCAUUCCAGGUAACCGGCUGGUAUCAUUUACAUCAGCAGGAAUGGUUUGAGCCUUUCGUGCACAGCAGUGAAGAUCAUUUGGGCUGUUGGGAAAACUAUACCAUGUUUGCCAUAUCCAGUUUUCAGUACAUCAUCUUAGCCUUUGUCUUCUCCAAGGGUGCACCCUAUCGCCGUCCCAUCUGGUCGAAUUUACCCUUCUGCCUAACACUGAUCGCUAAUCUCUGUAUUGUUAUCUACCUCAUUUUAAUACCGCCCGAAUGGUUGUCCGAAUUUUUCCAACUCAUCUUACCGCCCCAAAUGAAUUUCCGCUAUUGGAUGUUGAUUUAUGGUAUUUUGAAUUUUAUCGCCCACGUUGUGGUCGAAACUCUGGUUGUGGAAUACCUACUCUUUAAGAAAUUCCAAGCUAGACGUGAUCGUGAUUUGCGUACGUCCAAACGUAAAUACAUGCAAAUUGAAUACGAUUUGAAAUUCUAUCAGAAUUGGCCACAAAUCACCGAAGAACCAUUACAUACCAUGGAAAUAGAUCAUGCUAAAGCUAAACCGGCUUAUUAUGAGAUAAGUGCUGAACAAAAUUUCGAUACACCCGCAUCCGAUGAUAAUCCUCUUAAUAAUUUCUUUGAUUUUGAACCGAAUACACCAUCAUCUCCAGAUCAACAUUUUCAUUUGCCAUCACAUGCACCCACACCACAACUACAAACACCGCCAGCUACUUCAACACCCACUCUAGCGGGAUCAACAGCAGCGGCUGCCAUACAGCAUACUACUCCACCACCACCACAAUCUUCAGACUUAGCGUAUAAUACUAAUAAAAAUUUAGAUUGUUGAGAGUUUUUAGUUUAAAGAAUAGAAUGUUAGUUCGUUUUAAAAUUAUCUUCUAGAUGUUAGCUAUUUUUUUGCACUUGGCUUCUUAUUAGGAGUUAUGGAGUGUUCAGUUAGGCUUAAAGUUUUAGUUUUCUUUAAGCUUUGGCAGCUUAAAGGAUUAGUUAGUACCUUUAUUUAGGUAUAAACUAUCAAACUUUAGUUAUGCGAUAUAUGUAUGUUGCUUAUUUUUGAAGAAAUCUGAACUUUUUAUUAAUCAGAAUUUAAGCAACUUUUUUAGUGAAACAUUUGAUUGGAACUUUAAACAGCUUUACUGUAAAUAAUUGAUCAGUUUGGUAGUAAUUUUCGGGUAAAAAUUGUGUAAAAAUUUAUCAGAUUCUAAUCAUCUUUUUGAUAAAAAAGUAAUUUAGACUCAGAGCUUCUUUUUUGUAACAAAGAUUGUCAGAUUCAGAGCAACUUCUUAGUUAAAAUGAUGAUAAGGUUCAUAGCUUUUUUUGUUUACAAGCUGAGCAACUUUUUUAGCAGGAAUGUGAUCUGAAUCCAAGCAACUUUUUUAUAAAAAAAGUUAAUCAGAAUCUGUUUUAUAACAGUGAUAAUUUGGCAUAGAAGUUGUUCAGAAACUGAGCAACUUUUUAGUAAGAAUGUGAUCUGAAUCUAAGCAAUUUUUUUGUAAAUAGCUUAAUCAGAAUCCUUUUAUAAAAGAAUUGAGCAGAUUCAGAGCAACUUUUUUAGGUUAAAAAGUUUAUAAGAUUCAGAGUAUGUUUUCAGUAAAAAUAUUGAUCAGAUUCAGAGCAACUUUUUUUUUUAUAAAUUGUUCAUCAGAAUCUCGACAACUUUUUGUAUAAAAGAUGAUUAGAAUAUGCGCAACUCUUUAUCGAAAGCAACUUAUUAGUGAAAUGAUGAAACUAAACAACUUUCUAGUAAAAAAAAGUUAAACAAAUUUCGAGCAACUUUUUGUCAACAAAGUCGAUCAGAUUCAGAGCAACUUUUUGAUAAAAAAGUUUAUAAGAUUAAGGACACAUUCUAAGUGAAUACAUUGAUCAGAUUCAGAACUACUUUUUAGUAAAAAGUUUGUCGGGAUCUGAACAACUUUGCGAGCAACUUUUUGUCAACAAAGUCGAUCAGAUUCAGAGCAACUUUUUGAUAAAAAAAGUUUAUAAGAUUAAGUGCAAAUUCUAAGUGAAUAUAUUGAUCAGAUUCAGAACUUCCUUUUAGUAAAAAGUUUGUCGGGAUCUGAACAACUUCGCGAGCAACUUUUUGUCAACAAAGUCAGAUUCAGUGCAACUUUUUGAUAAAAUAAAGUUUAUAAGAUUAAUGCCAAAUUCUAAUUAUAUACAUUAAUCAGACUCAGAGCUUUUUUAGUAUAAAAGUUUGUCGGGAUCUGAACAACUUUGCGAGCAACUUUUUGGUAACAAAGUCUAUCAGAUUCUGUACAACUUUUUGGUAAGAAAGUUUAUAAGAUUUAGGUCAAGUUCUAAGUGAAUAUAUUGAUCAGACUUAGAGCUCUCUUUUAGUAAAAAAAUUUUGUCGAAAUCUGUACAUCGUUUUGGAAACAAAAAAGUUCCUCAAAGUCUGAGCAAAUUUUUUUUAAAAAAAGUUGAUUUCAAUCUGAGAUAACUUUUUGAGAAAAAUUAGAUACAAUUUAAAGCAACUUUUUGUCAGAAAGUCGCAAAGAUUCCCAGCGAAUUUCCAGUAAAAGUAUUGCUUAGAUUCAUAGUCUGAAUCUAAGCAACUUUUUAAAAAAGUUGGUCAGCAUCAGAGCAACUUUUUAAUAAGAAAAUGUUGCUUGCGAUCUAAACAAUUUUUUAGUAAAAACGUUGCAUGAAAUCUGAGAUCAUUUUUGCGGAAAAAUUAGAUAAAAUUUAAAGCAACUUUUUGUCAAAAAGUUGCACAGAUUCAGAGCAACUUUUCAGUAAAAGUAUUGAUCAGAUUUAUGGCAACAUUUUAAUGAAAAGUCUGAACGUUUUAAAAAAGAAAAAGUUGGUUGGAAUCUGAGCAACUAUUAAAUAAAGAAAAAUCAACUUUUUGGUAAAAAAAAGUUGCUUGGAAUCUGAGGUCAUUUUUGGGAAAAGUUUUUAGAUUAAAUUCAAAGCAACAUUUUGUCAAAAAGUUGCACAGAUUCAGAGCAACUUUUCAGAAAAAGUAUGGAUGAAAAUCAUUUCAACAUUUUGAUGAAAAAUCUGUAUCUAUGCAACUUUUUAAUACAGAAAAUGUUGUUCGGAAUCUAAGCAACUGUUUAGUAAAAAAGUUGUUCGUAAUCUAAUAUAAUUUCUGCGGAAAAAUAGAUAAAAUUCAAAGCAACUUCUUGUGCAAAAGUUGAUCAGAUUCAAAGCAACUUUCCAGUAAAAAUAUUGAUCAGAUUCAUGACAACAGAUUAGUGAAAAGUGUGAAGCAACUUUUUAAAAAAGAAAAAGUUGUUCAGAAUCAGAGCAACUUUUUAAUAAGAAAAAGUUGUUAGGAAUCUAUGCAACUUUUUAUCCUAAAGUUGAUUAGAUUCAGAGCAUCUUUUCAGUUAUAGUAUUGAUUAGAUUCAUAGCAACAUUUUCGUUAAAAACCUGAAUCUGAGCAACUUUUAAGAGCAACUCGUCGGUGAAAAUCUAAUAAACAUUUUCACUGACGAGUUGCUCUAAAAAGUUGCUCGGAUUCAGGUUUUUAACAAAAAAUGUUGAUAUGAAUCUAAAUUAAAAAGAAAAUUAUUUUAAAAAAGAUUUAGAAAAAAAAAUUGCUCAGAAUCUGGGCAACUUUCUAUAACAGAGAUUAAGUAUCAUCACUGUUAAAAUUCAGAGCAAUUUUUCUGUGAAAAAAAAAACUGAUCAGAUUUCUAGCAACCUAAUUAGUAUCUUUAGCAAAUUUCUUCAAAAACUAUUCUAUCAACUUUCUCUUCUAGAAUCUUUUUUAUACACUCCCUCUUACUUUCACUCUUACAAAGAAAGAAGAAAAGAAAAAAAAAAACGUUAAGAAUGAAGAAAACGAUAAACUUACUUGUGCAUGUUAGUUAAAUUUUUCAUUUUAUUUAUAGUUUUUAUUUAAAAUAUUUUUGUAUAAUUUUGUAAAUUACACUUUAAAGUAUGUAUAUGUAUAUAUAGUUUGAAAGGAAUAUUUUGUACUUAUUAAGAAUAUAACAAAUACUUAAAUUGCUUUUUAAGAAUUAAAAGGAAAAGCUAUAACUUUCCAUACAACAGAAAAAAAAUGUGUACUUUUUUAGUUUUUUUCUUUUGUUUGUUUUGGAAACUUUUAAGUUUAAGUUUACUAUAAAACUGGUCCUACUUAUAACUACUUUAUAAACUUAAUUAUAUACUUAAUUAGAACUCUUAGAGUUUGCUUAAAUAAUUAUUGCUAUUUUUUUUAUUAUUAUAAUUUUAUUAUUAAGUUGAAAGGUGUUUUUAGCUAUUUUUUUUUUUUUUUUUUGUUAAAUUAAUUUUAAAUAUAAAAAAGAAAAUUAUAAAACAAAAAAACCAAUAAAAAAAAGAAAGAAACAAAUAUUGUAACCAUAAAAAUUAAGUCAAACUUUUUUAUAUAGGAAAAUUGUUAUUACUUGCUUAGGAUAAACUUAUAUGUAAAA